AUGGACUUCCUCACUUGCACUUCAUGCAUGAGAAAUGGAAUAUGUUUACCUGUUACAAUUGUCAAAUGUAUGGUGGGAAACGAGUUAAUUUUUUGUCAAAAUAAAGAGUGCAUACACUAUUUCCUACCAUUGAAUUUUAUAUCUUCUAAACAUGAAUCAACUGGUUUAUUAGCAUGUCCGAACAUGUGUUGUGUCAGACAAUAUAAAGUUUCUCGAAGUUUCAGAAAUAUCUCUUCAUACUGA